AGAACUAGAACCCGCCCAAAUUCUCAAAUCAAACAGGUGGUACCUUCUCUCGGACCAACAAGAAUAGGUGCGAGCUCGCUCGCUCUCUCUGUGGGCGCGUGUGUUCAUCUCUCUAUAUCUCUCGCCCGUCAUCUCUCUCUCUCUCUCUCCCUGUUUGCUGUUUUCGAUUACUCCAUUGGAGCGGCAUUGUAUAAGAUUAAGUUUCUGUCUUCCAACUUGAUCCCAGUGAUGGAACAGAAUCUCCAAAAAUCGCCACAGCUGGGUCAUCCCCUUGACAUUGAUGACACAAAGUAUGUAUCUGGGCUUAGUACUAUACUGGUUGCCACAAUUCAGGAAGCAAAAGACAGAAUUUCUCAGAUAGAAUAUAUUUUCUGCAGCCAGCUCUUCCCAAAUUUUCAAUCACAAUCUAAAAGCUUGCAGAAAAUUUAUUCUGAGGCUAGAAAAGCUGCAGAAGAUGCAUGGAAAAAGAAGGAAAAUGAUCUCUUACUGGCAAUAGAAAAUCUUCAGCAUGAAAAUAAACUGAUCCUAGAAGAAAAUCGCUCCCUGAAGUUGGAGAAGUCAAAGUUUGUAAACCAUGAAGAUUUAUUCCCAAAGAAGAUUUAUGAGCUCCAAGAAGAGCUAAAACAGCCGUUCAAAAAAGAAGAAGAUCUACAACAGAAGACUGUAGAAGUAGCCAAUGGUGGGAAAAUGCAAAUAGAUUUACUUGAAGCUCCUGAAGCAAAAGCUGCUGUCCAAAUAAACAUGGAAAAGAUUGUGGAGGAGCUUGAAGAGAAAAAAAACCUGCUUUUGAAGAAACAAAGAGCUUUAGAGCUUGAAAAUCAGGAAGUUCGAGGAGAGCUCCUGAGAAAGUUCAGGGAAGUUGAUGAGGGAAUGGAAUUGCAGAAUAAAUUGCUUCAAUUGGUUCAAUCAAGGGCAACUUUGAUAGUGCAAAAAGAAAAACAAUUGAAAGAGCAGGAAGAAAAAACAAAUGUGCUUCUUGCCAAACUUGAAAGUUUAGAGAAAGAUUUUUAUGUGAUUCAAGAGAACCUUAGUGCAAAAACUGAUGAAGUAGAGAAGGAAAAGGAGUUGUGUGAGAAGUUGCUUGAAGAAAAUGAAUCACACCUCUUAAGUAGUGUUACGAAUGAACAGCUCUUGAACACUUGCAUUGCAGAAAAUAAAUCACUAACGGUCAAAUUGCAAAAAUUGGAGGAAAGUCUGGAUGGGCUUCAGAAGGAGCUCAGGAUGAGAGCUGAAGAACUGGUAGGGGGUAGAAAAUCACAAAAACAGUUACUCCAGCAGAUAGAUUCGAAUAAUUUGGAAAUGUUGAAGAUUGGACAGCAGUUGGAAGUGCUUGAGAAAGAGAAAACAUUGCUUUUGGCCAAAAUAAAAGGUUUAGAGGAGAAAGUUGAUAAGCUUCAUGUGGAUCUCAGACAGAAAAAUGAUGAGACAUCUGAAGGAAUGGAAUUGCAUGGUAAAUUACUCCAGCAGAUUGAAACAAAAGACUCCGAGUUGCUUUCUGAGAAGAAGAAAAGAAGGGAUGUAAUUGGUGCUUAUAAAAGUCUGAAAUCCCAAUACAACUUUCUGCUUGCAAAAUGUGGUCUUACCCCAGAAAUUAUGCUUCCCUUGAGCAAAAUAGAAGAUGGAAGUGAUUCAUUAAGGCGUAAUUCCAAUCCAGUAACUUCACCUGGUGUUGUCCCAGAUAAGGGGAACAUAGUGCCAAAUGCUGUGAUGGUUUCCUGUGAAAUCACCAAAGAGAAGGAAAUUUUGGAGGAUGACAAAGGAAGGGGAUUAAUUCAAAGAUCAAGCGCCGACUCCCCCUGUACGUCUAGUGAUGCGAAACCUGGCACACUAGCUGGCACAAAGCGUCCAGGCUCUUCUUGGAGAGAGACUAGGUCCCACCAAAAGCGAGGUGGGCUGGACCCACAUGAUGAUUUCCUUGAUACUCCCUUGGAGAAUAUCAGAGGAAACAUGAAAAAGCCCAUGAAGGAAGAAGAAGUCAAUUUACCAUGUCCACUUCCAAAGGACAUGAAUUUUGACAGCUCAGAUGAUGAAACACAGGACGUGAACAGAGACCCUGGCCGACAGAAGCUGCAGAUGCCAGAUGGCACUAGGGGUUUUAAGUACAUUGAACCAGUGAGAAAGAAAGCGGAUAGAGAAAAUCUGAAAGGAAUUGAAUGCAAGCAAUGCAAGAAAUUUUUUGAUGCUGUUCUUCCUGAUGGAGGUAAUAAUCAGCAGCUACGUUGCGAACACCAUGAUGGAGUUUCGAGGCAUCGAUAUAGGUUCGCACCUCCUUUGACUCCUGAAGGGUUUUGGAAUAUUGGGUUUGAAUCUGAAAUGUGAGUUGCUUUACGUUGGAGUUCGAUGGGAAACUUCAGUUAAGUUUAAUUGUUAGUUUAUUCUUGAUGCUUCUAAUGGUCUAGGCUGAACCCAAAACAGCGGGAAUUUUAAAAGAAAUGGUGCGAUCAACCUUCUUCUCCUCCAAAUCUUGAACCAUAGGUUUAUGUAAUGUAAUGGAUGCUAACCCUUUUUGUUUGUCUUCAACAUCCAGAGACACAGUAGGGAUGUUUGAUAACCCAAUUCAGCACUUAAAAGAGCA